AUGAAGGCUGACUGUGAAAUCUUUUCCAUGUCUUCCAUAGAGGCGGAAUGGCAACGUAGUGUUAGCGUAAAUGUAUUAGAGUUGAAGUACGAACUUAUUAUAAAUGGAUAUGAUCCAAGUAGAAGCUUUACGAAUACAUUGCUGUGCUGUGCCGUAGAUUUACAAAAAGAAGAAAUUCAUACCAAACGAUAUGAGCAUAUGACCUACCUGAAUCUUACAGUGCCUUCCGUACGUCCUUCUCAGAUCUACAUUGUCAAGGAGACGUCUAUCGAUACUGAACAUCAAAAAUCCCAAUCAAAAGUUGUGACCCCUCGAAUCCCCGAUGAGUGUAUCGAAGGUAUUGUCAAAAAAUUGGGGAAAGAUAUAAAGUCACUGCAUUCGUGUGCUUUGCUCAAUCGGCAGUGGUGCAAAGUUACGGUUCCGAUACUUUGGAGAAUAUCAUCCCGGAAACACAAUGGUCGCUACGAAACCAUUCGACAUUGGCCAAAAAUGUCCGAGACGAUUUUAUCCUGUCUGUCAGACCAAGCAUUACUCCUUUUGAAGGCGUUCAACUUCGAACUUUUCCCUAAAGAUCGACCACAACCACUUUUUAACUAUGCUGAAUUUCUGACAUGCAUUUCAGAAUCCGACAUCAAGAAAAUCGCAAGAUAUGCAAUCUUCGAAAUGGUUCAAAGAAAUAGGUGCGAAAGAACGCUAAUGGCUGAAUCGCACGUAUUAGAACAAGAAUUAUGGGUUCUUUUCCUUGCUUGUAAAUCGAACCUCGUGUACUUCGAAUAUUCAAGGGAUCGGCUUAUCUGCCACGGAGAGGCAGAGUAUAGAUUCUCGGCUUUAAAGAUUCUCGACACCGACGAUACUAUCAGUUCCUGGGCUUUCCAGUGUUUAGCAAAAUAUGCUCAAAAUCUUCAAAGGUUGAGAAUAAAACUCGUCAAAUCAGGCAAUGAAGGUUUAAUGACUUUGAUAAAAAGUCAGCAUGGUCUGAAGGAGUUUGUGAUAAAAACUUCACAAGCUAGUUAUCCUGGUUUGGAAGAGGCAUUGCGCACUCAAGUUCAUUCCCUGACCAGCAUCGAGUUCGAGAAAAACGUGUGCAUCUCGUCAAUCGGCGAAUUUGUCGAUUUAAGGAAGCUCAGAAUUCACGCCUUGUUGGAUGCUGACAUCCUGCCAUCAAAAUUUCCCGACCUUCAAGUUCUGGAAAUUUCCAAGCAAAACGUACCUUUUGAAUUCUGCAUGAAUAUUAUUAAACGCCGACCCCUCGCACUUCGUAAACUGCAGUGGCCGAGGUUGAACAAAGCAAAUGGGUUUGAUUUCAAGCUUUACAAGCGUAUGAUUACAAUCUUUCUUUCGGACGUUCGAUUUUUGAGCUUUCCCCUAACCGCAAGUUCUUUACUCCAUCUCGGAGUCAUACUAAAAACCUGUAAACAAUUGGAGGGAAUCGACAUACAAAUCUGCGAAAAUGUUGAUUACUUUGUUUUGUUCGAAUGUUUGACGGGGAUGACACCCGAGAAUAUUUCCUUGGUCCUAUUGUCCAAGGCCGGCCCCAAAUCAUUUAACAUUUCACUUGAGCAUAUCACUUUUUUCUUCACGGAAUGGAUAAAAAGAAGAAAGAGUCCAUUUAGAUUCUAUGUUGAAUCUGAGCUUCCUUAUGCUGCGGUUUGGGAGAUCAAACAGUAUGUAGAAAUUGGGAUUGUCAAAGAAUUCCGAGACGAUCUUGCCGAACAUGAUAAAUUUGAAUCAAUCCGACUAGAGUGGAACUUCGACGAGGAAGAGCGUGAUCUGCUAUUAGAAGACUAA